GGGGGGAUGGGGACAGAGGAGGACUCGAAGGAGCUGAUUUGUCCGCCAUCUUGAAGAGUCGGUGAUGGUGGCGAGCAGUACUUUUCCCGCCUGAGCGGGGGGGGUCCGCCAGGAGGGGGGGAAGAAAUCUGCUUCAUCUUAACCUAAUUCAGCCUGCUAAUCUGCUAAUACUGUAGAUUUAAAGAUUUUGCUGCUGCCUGGAUACCCUGUAAUGGGCAAGGAGCCACAAAGAAUACUUUUUCUUUUUCUUUUUAAAUUUUUCUGUUAACAGGCGUGGUCGAGGCAAGGAGGGCUGUUUUUGAAGGAAAGAAGGAGGCAGUUAGCUAUCAGUUCAGAAGGUUCGCUGAAGUGCUGAGUGAGAAGACUCCAAAGUAGUGAAGCAAUAUCAAGCCACUGGGGAAUUUAGACCAUGAGGUCACCAGUAUGUCAUUUCAGUGAGUUGGAGCACAAAGCCACCAGUAUGUAGAUGACAACCAUCUUCUGGCCUCUCCAAAUCGUCUGAAUCAGGUGAGGCUCUGCAAGUGCUGGACCUUUGAAUAACGUCUGCCCUUUCACAAUGUUUUGGGAAACCAGCUCUAUGUAAUCAUCUUCCAAGAAACCUGGCUUGCACGUGGAUCUAAUUGUAAGAUCCCCAUGGUGGAUGCCCUGCAGCAGAAGAGUAGGAGAGCAAAAUAAUAAGACUCUAAACUGGAUACAAUGUGUGGAAUGAAGAUAAGAUUUAUUCAUGUUGACGCAGAGCCCCAGUGAGGCUUGGUAGUCAAGCAUAUAAUUAGUGACCGCUUCCUUCAAUGGGAUGUGUUGACCACCAGCUUCAAUAGCUUUUGAAAGGGAUUAGAUAUAUCAAUGGAGGAUGAGGCUAUAAAUGGCUGCUAGUUAUGAUGGUUGUGUACACUUCCUUCAGGAUCACAGGGAGUGUGCCUCCAAAUACCAGUCACUGAGGCGCAACAGUGAGAGAGCUAUUUCCCUCCUGUCCUGUUUAUGGGCUUCUUAUAGGCACAGGGUUGGCCAUUGUGGGAGAUGGGAGAGUGGCCUGCAUGAGGAUUUGGUCUGAUCCAACAGAGCUCUUAGGUUUCGUAUUGAUCAGUUAUUCCUGAAUUGGAGCACGGCAUAUUGAAGUUGAUAGCAUCAGUUUGGGAUGGAAAAUUCACCAAGUGUCUAAUCACUGUUUUGGCUAACUCCAUAGGUUGGGAUCGUGAAUUAUGCACAGUGGUUCUCAGUUCACAACAAAGUUGAGCCCAAAGCAGCUCACAGUAAUACCUUCAAAAGUAACAUUUCCAACAUAACCAUUCAGUACUUGAUGUAGUUUGACUAGAUACAUAAUUUGAAAUAUUUUGCCAGAAUUGGUAAUUGAAUACCAGUACAGAGCCAGCUCACAUAAUCCUUCUGGGAAGGGGCUUUCUUCUUUUCCUUUCACUGGCACAAAGAAAGGAGGUAGAAGUUAUCUGCCACAGUAAUACCACACCCAUUUUUUACUCAUCAAGCUGUAAAGUCCAAAGUACUCAAGUCUAGUACAGUUUCAAUGUAUUGCCAUGUGCAUAAGGUUGAAGAAUGAAUAGGAGUAUGCCUGGUCCUAAUAAGACAUAUAGUCUUGGACAAGGAAUUGACUACUCCAUAACUGAAUGCAAUGUGGAGUCUAUGAAACACGUUUAUGCAUUUAUCACCAUAAGAAUCAGAAAAAUUCCACUAAAUUCAUUUGUGUCAAUAGUAAACACCAUGACAUUUAUUUGAAUGUUGGCACAUUUGUAAACCUAGUAAAGUCUUAAUGCUGUGAGUUUAUUAAAGACAAGUUCUCUUAUUUUAAGGGUUCCUCUGAUUUGCCCUUUGAUCCAUUUUGUGGUGUUUUUCCUUAUUCCAAGGGUCCUGGCCUCCUGUUGAAAAGUGAUGGAAUUAUCUGGUCAGCAUCUGCCAUAUUGAGAAACCAGCCCCUAAUACGGCUUGCCUGGGAGAAAGUUUGUGAAAUAACGCAGUAACAUGUUUGCAGUAACCAGCAUGUUUUGGAAAUUUGAUCUUCACUCAUCAUCCCACAUAGACACACUUCUAGAGAGAGAAGAUGUAACACUGAAGGAGCUGAUGGAUGAAGAUGAUGUUUUACAAGAGUGCAAAGCUCAAAACCGCAAACUUAUAGAGUUUCUCUUGAAAUCGGAAUGUCUGGAAGAUCUGGUAUCAUUCAUUAUAGAAGAGCCACCUCAAGACAUGGAUGAAAAAAUCAGAUACAAGUAUCCAAACAUAUCUUGUGAGCUGCUUACUUCAGAUGUUUCACAGAUCAAUGAUAGACUGGGAGAAGAGGAAUCAUUAUUAACAAAACUGUAUAGUUUUCUUCUAAACGAGCCACCCUUAAAUCCGUUAUUGGCCAGUUUCUUCAGCAAGGUGCUAAGUAUUCUUAUCAGCAGAAAACCAGAACAGAUCGUGGAUUUCUUAAAGAAAAAGCAUGAUUUUGUAGACCUCAUUAUAAAGCACAUAGGAACCUCUGCUAUUAUGGACUUGUUGCUCAGGCUGCUAACAUGCAUAGAACCUCCACAGCCCAGGCAAGAAGUGUUAAAUUGGUUGAAUGAAGAAAAAAUAAUUCAGCGGCUUGUGGAAAUUGUGCAUCCUUCUCAAGAUGAAGAUAGACACUCAAAUGCAUCCCAAUCACUCUGUGAAAUUAUCCGCUUGAGUAGAGACCAGAUGCUACAAGUACAAAACAGUUCAGAACCAGAUCCACUGCUUGCAACACUAGAAAAAAAAGAAAUCCUAGAACAUCUGCUAUCAAAUAUAUUCCAUAAAGAGAAAAACGAAUCGGCUAUAGUCAGUGCAAUUCAGAUAUUGCUGACCUUACUGGAAACGAGACGGCCAACAUUUGAAGGUCACAUAGAGAUUUGCCCCCCAGGUAUGAGCCACUCAACAUAUUUGGUCAACAAGAGUGUGUUAGAAGCCAUAAAAGCACGACUUGCAUCCUUCCAUGAACUGCUCUUGGAGCCCCCCAAAAAAAGUGUUAUGAAGACAACAUGGGGUGUAUUGGAUCCACCUGUAGGGAAUACCAGGUUAAAUGUGAUCAGGUUAAUAUCCAGCCUUCUACAGACAAAUACAAACAGUGUAAACCUGGAACUUAUAGAGCUCAAUAGCAUAGGAGUUAUACUGGACAUGUUUUUUAAGUACACAUGGAAUAACUUUUUACAUACUCAAGUAGAAAUUUGUAUUGCAUUGAUUCUCGCAAGUCCAUUUGAAAGCACAGAAAAUGGUACAAUUUCAGAUCAGGAUUCCACUGGAGAUAACCUUUUGCUGAAACAUCUUUUCCUUAAGUGCCAUUUAAUAGAACGAAUACUUGAAGCAUGGGAAAUGAAUGAGAAGAAACAGGCUGAAGGAGGAAGACGAUAUGGCUACAUGGGUCACUUAACAAGAAUAGCUAACUGUAUUGUGCACAGUACGGAUAAAGGGCCAAAUUGUACAUUAGUGCAGCAGCUUAUUAAAGAGCUUCCAGAUGAAAUCAGGGAGCGAUGGGAGACUUUCUGCGCAAGUUCUUUAGGAGAAACAAACAAAAGAAACACAGUGGAUCUAGUUACUACCUGUCAUAUACAUUCAUCCAGUGAUGAUGAAAUAGAUUUUAAAGAAACUGGUUUCUCGCAGGAUUCCUCUUUACAGCAAGCCUUUUCUGAUUAUCAGAUGCAACAAAUGACGUCCAAUUUUAUUGACCAGUUUGGCUUCAACGAUGAGAAGUUUGCUGACCAAGAUGAUAUCGGCAAUGUUUCUUUUGAUCGCGUAUCAGACAUCAAUUUUACCCUCAAUACAAAUGAAAGUGGCAAUAUUGCUUUGUUUGAGGCAUGCUGUAAGGAGAGAAUACAGCAGUUUGAUGAUGGUGGUUCCGAUGAAGAAGAUAUCUGGGAAGAGAAGCAUAUUGCUUUUGCACCAGAAUCUCAGAGAAGAUCCAGCUCAGGCAGUACAGACAGUGAGGAGAGUACAGAUUCUGAAGAAGAGGAUGGAACAAAGCAGGACUUGUUCGAGUCAAGCACCAAUACAGAAGACAAGAUGGAAGUAGAUUUGAAUGAAGCACCUAACUGGUCAGCUAACUUUGAUGUUCCUAUGGAAACAACACAUGGUACGAAUCUGGAUUCUGUUGGGUCUGACGUUUGGAGCACAGAAGAGCCAAUGCCAGCAAAAGAAACUGGCUGGGCCUCCUUUUCAGAGUUCACAUCUUCUCUAAGUCCAAAAGAUUCCUUAAGAAGUAAUUCACCCAUAGAGAUGGAAACCAGCACAGAGCCCAUGGAUCCUCUCAGUGCAAAUGUAGCGCUUGCAACGCAACCAGAAGCUGCAGGAAGCAUUGCAAUGGAGGCUGGUUCUGAUGGAGAAGAUGAUGUAGAAAAUGCCGACAAGGUGACUGAAACAGUAAUGAAUGGCAGUAUGAAGGAGACCCUUAGCCUUACUGUAGAUGCUAAAACUGAAACUGCUGUCUUCAAAAGUGAGGAAGGAAAAUUGUCUACCUCGCAAGAUGCUUCUUGUAAAUAUGUGGUGGAGGAGAACACAGAAGCUGCAGAAGAAAAUCCUGUCACUCCGCAGCCUGCUAGCAGCAGUCUAGAACAGAGGACUGAUCAACAAGCUCUUCUACCAGAAGCAUCCGUUAAUGGACCUGUAUGAUAUGUGAUAUUGACUGCUGUUGGCUGAAGAAUAUGAACUGAUAUGCAAGGAUUUAUGUCUCUUGAGGAUUUCAUCUAGAGUAAUUUUGGAGCCAGUCAAUGCUGCACUAAUUUGCAAGGGAUCAGGACCAGCAACAUUUAUAUUCUAGAUUUUAAGACAUUGUACAGAAAUUCAUAAGUGUAAAAAUUGCACAUUGAGAAAUACCAAGAAAUUUUUGCGUAUGUUUAUAAUUGUAUUGUUCUAAAUGAUGGGUGGCCUGUGAAAUAAGAUCUUGCCACCCUAGUAACAAAAGUAGUGAUACCAUAGUUAAAAUGGCUGUAAGAAUAGUUUUAUAAAAAAGUGAAUACACAAAUCUAAUGUAUUUGAGGCAUAACUAUUUGAGAAUUAGUGACCAAAGUAUUUAGCAGUUUUCAUAUUUCACCCUAAAAAUAUCUGAAGUCCAUGUUUCUUUCAGUUUGGCAAAGAAUUGUUCAUCUGCAAUGCCCUUUAAAUGUUUUGGUUUUAGAUUUUGAAAAAAUGAUUUAAAAAGAAUUUUUGGUGUUCAACAUUUUACAGCAGAUUUUCAAUUGGUAAUUGUUUUCUGUAUUGUUUAAACCAGAUCAAAAUGUAAGUCUAUGGGUAGAGAUUUUAAGUAUUUAUUGCGACAAUUUAGUUGACAGAUUGAUGUUACUGUAAAGCCAUACGUUCUGUUAAGUCUUGUUUGCUUGAAACAAUACCUUACAGGUGAAACACUAGAAUAUUUUUGAAGUGCACAUGGCUUGUUGUGUAUUUUAAGUGAUUCACCUUUUUUAACCCAUUCACCAAGAUGUACUUUAAUUCAGAGCAUUAUAAAAUUAAACAUUUUUGGAACAAUCUUCAUAUUUAAAACACUGUAAUCCUUUUGACAAAUCAACUAAAUAUAAUGAAAUGCCCAUGCUGCUCAUGUAAUUACAGUUCAUGUGUUUUAAAGGUAUAUCUUUUAAAUAUCAAAAUUGGGCACUUGAGCAUGUUAAUUGUUAUACUUUCACUGUUUUGAUCUGUGUGAAGUUUUUCAUUUGUAAGUUUUAAACCAGUUUUUUUUCAUAACUGGCCUGUGUAUAUAUAUAUAGUGAUUAUGGAAACUAAUUGUAAUUUAUAAUUUUCUAUGUCAUAAAAUUCCAACCGCCUUCUCAAACAAGCAAUAUAAUGUAUAUUGCCACAUUGUCUGGUGAAAGGGUUAAAGUACUUCACCUCUUGCACUUUUAGAUGCAAAUCCAUUUUUAUUUCUUUUCAUAGAAAGUUACUCAUUUAUUUUUACAUCAUUUGUUUUCCUGACCAGUAUUUAAAAGCCAAAAGGAUAUUCUAAACAAUGGCCAAUGACUUAUUUUAGAAAGUGCCCCAAGCUAUGUGCCUAAUACUACAUUGCAUACAGAAAUAAAGACAAAUGUAUACUGGUACUUCAUUUUAUUCUUCCCUUAUUUUUAACUUUUCAAAAUGCAGUGUUCAUGUAAGUCUUCCCACCUGCAUUCCAAAUAAACAUUUCACUAUAUUGGAGGACUCUUCUACUCUUCUACAUCAAGUAGCAAAACAGGAAGCAUGCUGCUUCUUACUUACUACAAAACAAAAGUGGAUGCUGUGAGUUCCAGCUCACUGGUAGUCCCCAUGUUCCAUUUACAGUAGAAAGAGAGCAGUUUACAACCAAUGCUUUCAUGCUUAUACCAUCUUUGCUUUUUUCAAAGAAACUGGAAUUCAUUUGGUUAGUUAUGAGUAUUGGCACCUUGUAUGCCACAAUGGAUUUCUUCAUCAAAGGUGUUCCCACUCUGCUAAAUUGUUCUCCAACUUGUAAAUGUUUGCAAAGUGAAAAUGUUUACUAGCUGCAGCUGCAUCCCCAGUUAAAAGUUUUCAGGCAAUAAACUUUGCCAAGUGACAAGACCAGGAUUAAGUAUCUCCAAAUAUUAAUUUUUAAGUGAUAAGGGUUUUUAUUUCCCACUGAGUAGUAAGUGAACAGGCCCCUUUUUGCUGUAUAAAACACAAAUGAAAACUUUUGCCAUUUCAGUAUGUUCCUUUCAAAGUGUUGGCGUAAGCUAGAAUUGAAUUCAGCUCAUACUUUUCAGGAUGCAAGUCUAAGGUAACAAUUUUGAACUCAGUGGAAUUUACUUUCAAAUAAAGAUUUAUAGGAUCAACAGUCCA